CUCCCACAGUCACACUGUUCACAUCUCUUUUCUUGUGGCAGGAGCCGGACGAAGAAAACAUUCCUCUGGACCAGGAGAGCCUGAGCUGUCCCUGGCCUGCUGCCCCCGCGCCCCCUCGCAUCUUUGCGUUUUUCCUUUUUCGUUCUGUUCGAUUGUUGCAGCUCAUUCCUUGGUGUCGUGCUCUCCUCCUUCGUUAACAUGGUCGAUUAUCACGCCGCCAACAACCAGUACUCUGCCGGCGGGCCGCAGAAUGCCUACAUGGAGCAAGAAAACGACUGGGACCGCGACCUGCUGCUGGACCCUGCGUGGGAACGGCAACAGCGCAAGACCUUCACAGCCUGGUGCAACUCCCACCUACGUAAGAUGGGCGUGCAGAUUGAGAACAUCGAGGAGGACUUCAGAGAUGGCCUAAAGCUCAUGCUGCUGCUGGAGGUCAUCUCAGGAGAGCGGUUACCGAAGCCUGAGAGAGGCAAAAUGAGAGUCCACUUUGUCAGCAAUGUCAACAAAGCCUUGGACUUCAUUGCCAGCAAAGGGGUCAAGCUGGUGUCCAUUGGAGCGGAGGAAAUUGUGGAUGGAAAUACCAAGAUGACACUGGGAAUGAUCUGGACCAUCAUUCUCCGUUUUGCCAUCCAGGACAUUUCUGUGGAAGAGACCUCGGCCAAAGAGGGGCUGCUUCUGUGGUGCCAGAGGAAGACUGCUCCUUACAAGAACGUCAAUGUCCAGAACUUCCACAUCAGCUGGAAGGAUGGCCUCGCAUUCAAUGCUCUGAUCCACCGGCACAGACCUGAGCUCAUUGACUACGACAAACUGCGAAAGGAUGAUCCUUUGACUAACCUCAACAAUGCCUUUGAUGUGGCUGAGAAGUACCUGGACAUCCCAAAGAUGUUGGAUGCAGAGGACAUUGUCAACACUGCCCGUCCCGAUGAGAAAGCCAUCAUGACUUAUGUGUCCAGUUUCUACCAUGCCUUCUCUGGAGCGCAGAAGGCUGAGACAGCUGCCAAUCGCAUUUGCAAAGUGCUGGCUGUCAAUCAAGACAAUGAGCGAUUGAUGGAGGACUAUGAGAAACUUGCCAGUGAUCUUUUGGAAUGGAUCCGUACCACCAUCCCCUGGCUCGAGAAUCGCAACCCAGAGAAGACCAUGGCUGAGAUGCAGCAAAAACUGGAGGACUUCAGGGACUACCGCCGUGUGCACAAACCACCCAAGGUCCAGGAAAAGUGUCAGCUGGAGAUCAGCUUCAACACACUGCAGACCAAACUGCGUCUGAGCAACAGGCCGGCCUUCAUGCCCUCAGAGGGACGCAUGGUGUCUGAUAUCAAUGGGGCGUGGCAGACUCUAGAGGGGGCGGAAAAAGGAUACGAAGAGUGGCUGCUAAAUGAGAUCCGGCGCCUGGAGAGGCUUGACCAUCUGGCAGAAAAGUUUCGUCAAAAAGCGGCCAUUCACGAGUCCUGGACUAAUGGUAAGGAGGCCAUGCUUACCCAGAAAGAAUAUGAGAAUGCCAACCUGUCUGAGGUGAAAGCCCUGCUGCGAAGGCACAAGGCCUUCGAAAGUGAGCUGACAGCACAUCAAGACCGCGUGGAGCAGAUUGCUGCUAUUGCACAGGAGCUCAAUGACCUGGACUACUAUGACUCUCCGAGUGUGAACAUGCGCUGCCAGACCAUCUGUGAGCAGUGGGAUGUGCUGGGGGCCCUUACUGGAAGCCGCAGGGAAGCCCUGGAGAAUACAGAAAAGCAGCUGGAGACAAUAGAUGAGAUGUAUUUGGAAUAUGCUAAGAGGGCUGCACCCUUCAACAACUGGAUGGUGGCAGCCACAGAGGACCUUCUGGACAUGUUCAUUGUUCACACCAUCGAGGAGAUUGAGGGCUUGAUUGCAGCACAUGAGCAGUUCAAGUCUACUCUCCCAGAUGCCGACACGGAAAGAAAGGCAAUCCAGGGCAUCCAGGAGCAGGUCAAAAACAUUGGCCAAAACAACAACCUCAAGUUCAGUGUAACUAACCCCUACACCACCAUCACACCAGAGAGCAUUGACCGCAAAUGGGAACAGACGCUGCAGCUUGUUCCACAAAGGGAUGCCGCUCUGCAAGAGGAGCUGUCCAAGCAACAAUCAAACAAUGCACUGCGCUGCCAGUUUGCCUCUCAAGCCAACAUUGUGGGCCCCUGGAUCAAACAAAAGAUGGAGGAGCUUGGCAGAAUAUCUAUUGAGAUGAAUGGCACUCUGGAGGACCAGCUGACAAAUGUGCGGGACUACAAGGAGAGCAUCACAGAGUACAAGCCCAACAUGGAUCAGCUGGAGGGAGUGUACAAGCUCAUACAGGAGGCCUUGAUAUUUGAUAACAUGUACACCCAAUACACCAUGGAGCAUCUGCGGGUGAGCUGGGAGCAGCUCUUGACCACCAUCGCCCGGACGAUCAGUGAAAUUGAGAACCAGAUUCUGACGCGUGAUGCCAAAGGGAUCAGUCAGGAACAGCUGCAUGAGUACCGCGCUUCCUUCAACCACUUUGACAAGGACCACAGUGGGGCACUGAUGGCUGAGGAGUUCAAGGCCUGCCUGAUCAGUCUGGGCUACGAUGUGGAGAACGACAAGCAGGGUGAUGCCGAGUUUGCACGCAUCAUGGGGAUUGUGGACCCGAACAACUGUGGUGCAGUUACCUUUCAGGCCUUCAUUGACUUCAUGUCCAGAGAGACCACAGACACUGACACUGCUGACCAGGUCAUUGCCUCUUUCAGGAUCCUGGCCGGAGAUAAGCCCUUUAUCACGGCAGAGGAGCUGAGGAGGGAGCUGCCUGCAGACCAGGCUGAGUACUGUAUAGCCCGCAUGGCUCCAUACAGUGGACCCGAUGCCAUCCCUGGAGCUCUGGACUACAUGUCCUUCUCCACAGCUCUGUACGGGGAGAGCGACCUGUAACGCACCCUAGGAGAAAGCACGAGGGGGCCACUUCUCCAACUUUUUUCUGAUUGGACCUUUUUGAUUGAACUAUAUCCCAGUUUGGCCUCUGCUCAGUGUUGCAGUUUUUUAAAAGUUGGGGGAAGUUGGAGGGGUCUGUGUGGUAUGAGUUGGUAUGAGUGAGGAGGGUUCUCCUUCAUCCUUCCUGUCCUUUUCAAAGAAUGGGUUUGGGACAGAUUAGGGUCCAAGCUUAUCUAAUUCUUACAGCUGUUAUUUUUGUUUUAUCAUAACUUUUCCUUUUUGCCGGGAGAUUGAGCAUGAAGAUGUGUGGCACAGAUGUGCCAUGCCCAUUACUCCUUUUGUUGCUGGACAUGCCUGGACGUUCUUUUCUGUGUUUGUUGAUUUCCAGGUUGGUGGGGGGGGGGGGGGGGCAAGGGGAAUGGGGUCCCAGGCAGGGCUCAUUGCUGUACAUAGUUAUUCUUUAAGUGCAACAAAUGACACACAGCCCCUUCUUGGGAAAUACUGAUUGCGGCUAUCUUGUAAGUGAAAGUAGAGUAAUAUUUCUAAAAAAAAAAAAAGAAAAAAAAAAAAAGAAAAAUGAAAUGAGCAGGCAGUGCACAUCCAUAAAACAUCACAUGUGACUCCUUACUGGGAGAUUUCAGCUCCGUAUUAUCAUUUUAAAACAAUGAUUCCAGUUAAACAAAAGCACGUUAGAGUUGGGCAAUAUCUGUUUUUUUAAUAUCGUCAUGCCAUCCCCUAAUUGUACCACGAUAGACUGUAUUAUCGCCUGUCCAUCUAGUUAAGCCAAAUCUACUAAAAAUUUACUUAGUUACAUUUAGAUUUUUUUUCUUAAAUGACACAUACAGGGUGUGUAAAAAAUAAAAUGACACACAUUUAUUAAGGGAGAAUGUCAGUUUUGUUGAUUUAAAUGCAAAAUACUUAAUUAAUAGACCAAAAAGGCUGGAGUCUUUCUUGCCUCAGCUCUCAGGCACCUGUUUGCUCCUGCCCACUGUCACUGUUUUUUUCCUCUUUUUGCUAUUUUAAUCUACAAAUUACGAGUAAAUGUGUGAAACUGUGAUGGUAAAGAACGUUGGAGUUUUUACUGUGUAACAUAAUACACAAAUAUGCAUUGAGGAAGCGACUAUCUUUCCUCUUUCAUGGGAUGUACAAAACUGCGUGCAUUGGUGCCGUACGGAUAACGCACACAAGACAUCCAAGCUAACACUGUACUUUAAAGCACAACUGUAUUACUAACGCAUCAUGAUCCAGACUCAUUAACGGGACUGUUGGGCUUUGCAUUUAAGACGUUAAAUACACGAUUUGAUCAUGUGGAUGUCCUACGAUAUUUUGUGCCAGAAGCGCAGGACAGAUACGCCUUUUUUCAGUUACGAGUAAAAUAAAUUUCUCAUCUAUAGUAACAAAUUAAGUGAUUUUCAUCCGUGCAAGAAAUGUUCCUGAAGCAAAUCCAUACAUUUAAUGUCUAAACCAAGGAUCAAACCGCAAGUGAUUUAAAAAGAACCCGUAUUUGGACUUGGGGGGGAAAAAAAGUAGUGGUUUCAACUUCCAGUCUCUAAUGACAUUAAAUACAUAUUAAUUAAAUCAAAUACAGCGUAGGUAAUGUUUUGUCAGUGGCCCACUUUACGCACAGGCGAGUCUAGGCGCGUGGAUUUACAGAUUUGAGUGAAGGAAAACAUUUGACUGUUCUGCAUAUUUGGGCAGUUUUCCUUCUGUCUGGCCUGUCCAAAUGACUCCUCUUAUGUCUUCACGCUCAUGAAGAAAGUAACAUCCAAAGCGAGUGUGUAUCCAUGACGCACAAGCUGAUAAAGUCAGAUCUAUUGUGCCCCGAGUGCAACUGCAUACAAGUGACGUCCUGCACAGUGCUCACGUGUUCACAUGUUAAAAAGUUGUAUUAUUUUUUUCUUGUAGCCAGCGGGGCUUAUGUUUUCAACUUUUGUGGACUAGUUAUUUAUUCAACUAAAAGAAAGCUACUUCAACAACAAACUACAGGUUUAAAAUAUGUCAAAUGCCUUAGAAUAUAUAUUUAAUGGAGUAAUUUAUUGGCUGCGUGUUGAACAUGAAACUUUGUUUAAAAAAAAAAAAAAUCCCCACUGGAAUGUGCAGACGAUAUUGAUGGUGACACAUAACGCUUUUUCAAUACCACGGUAUACGAUAUUAUGUCAUAUCGCCCAACUCUAAGACACGUUCUAUCCUGAAUGCAUAGUGUGAUCUGGGUGGGUGCUGGAUGACCUGAGAAAGCAGGAGCAAAACAGUUUUGCCUCAGCUCUGAAGCCUGCUCUGCCUCUGCCCCUCACUCUUGCACAGUUUGAGGAGGGGCCAAAGAGGGCUGACAUUCCAAUAAAAGCAAAAAAAGAAAAAAAAAAAGGAAAAAUCUAUGCAACUGUGUAAUUGUUGUGCGAGGCUAUUUCUCAAAAAGUGUUUAAAUUAUGAUGAAUUAAGUGCAGAGUAGUUAAGGGGCAGAAACAGGCAGGAGUACAGAGAGAAGCAGCAUGCAGAGACCAAAAGUGCAAGUCUGAGAAUCUGUUUUUUUUUUUUUUUUUUUGUACUCUUUCAUAUCAGACUGUCAGCUGUACUGUAAACUGCAACGCCUCCUGUCUGAUGAAAAUAGUUUCACAAACACAUAAAAGUCUUAAAAAGUC